UCUUCCAAACAUGGCCUUGUCAUCAUUGCUCCAGAUACGAGCCCUCGUGGCUGCAAUAUUAAAGAAGAAGUUGAGAGCUGGGACUUUGGCACUGGUGCUGGGUUUUAUGUGGAUGCCACUGAAGAUCCUUGGAAAACUAACUACAGAAUGUACUCUUACGUAACUGAGGAGCUUCCCCAACUCAUAAAUGCCAAUUUUCCAGUGGACCCCCAAAGGAUGUCUAUUUUUGGCCACUCCAUGGGAGGCUAUGGAGCUCUGAUUUGUGCUUUGAAGAAUCCUGGAAAGUACAAAUCUGUGUCGGCAUUUGCUCCCAUUUGCAACCCAGUGCUCUGUCCUUGGGGCAAAAAAGCCUUUAGUGGAUAUUUGGGAACAGAUCAAAGUAAAUGGAAGGCUUAUGAUGCUACCCAUCUUGUGAAGUCCUACCCAGGUUCUCAGCUGGACGUACUAAUUGAUCAAGGGAAAGAUGACAGGUCAAUGGCCUUCUUUACUAACUGA